CCACACACUGUCUGCAGACUGUCUUUGGACGGAGAAGCAAACUGUGUUCUGUGUAGAGACUGGGCUUACAAUGACUGUAUAUACUGUGAAAAGACAUUUUAUUAUAUCGUGGAUUUGCUAUUUGUGCUGUGAAGAUUUAUAUUAAAUACGACAGCCAAGUCAAGUGAUGGAUGUCUGGAGCCUGUGGAUGUUGUGUGCUCUUCUCGCUGGAGAGGGUCAUUCAGUUUCAGGUUUGACUAUUGGUGGUUGUGAACAAGGUAGCGUAGAUGUUACUGAAGACACAGAUCCCUCAUUUACAUGUCCUGCAUCUUCUUCACAUCAGAUACAGUGGAAGGUUUAUAGUGAGCAGGAGAAAGAACUCUAUUCUGCAUAUUGCAAAAGCAGGACCUGUAAACCAUUGAAUAACCAGUUUAACUUAUCCAUAAUAGGCUCUAAGUAUGGAGACUACACAUCAAGACUUAUGAUAAAGGGGAUUACAAGAGAAUCCGCUCAGAGACUGGUUUGCAUUGUGUCCUCAGAACGAGCCGAGUGCACUUUGAGAGUCAUUGAAAAGGAACAAGAAAAAGACUCAAAUGGAAAAGGAGGAAUAAUUGGCGGCGUUGUGACAGCUGUGAUUGUCAUCGCUAUCAUUGGAACUAUCAUUACUGUCUACACAGUAAAACAUCGGAAAGGCACGUUUUUCAGAGGAAGAUUUACACUUAACAUUUGGAACAGGAUUUUUAAAUUCUGUCAACGAAGAAAGUCCCAGCCCUCGGUGGUCGUCACCAAACCUAUCAGACAAACUCCCAUCAAACGUUUCGCGGCUCCUUCAGGCGACCUCUACACCCUGACUUUGUCAACGACUUCUGGUGGAGUCAGUGAUGAACCUUCAACAAUUUAUGAGCCUAUUGAGAACACAAUGUUCGGGACAUAUGAGAACUAUAAUCCCACGAGGAGCAAGGCAGUUUGCGAAGUGACUGGAGGGAAGGCAGCAGCAAAUCCGACAAAAAACUUUAAACCAUCCACAGCAAGUACACUGAAGAAGCAGAAUACAUUAGACACUGUCUACAUGAAUGUAACACAAGUGUCGACUGAUUCUGGCUCAGGAGUCUACCACAAUGUUCCUCGGUUAACAAUCCAUGCACGCAGGGAGGCUGACACCAGGGACAAAUGUGCAACAGCACUUUCAGACAGCAACUAUAAUGCCCUACGUUUUGAAGAGGAUCAUAGUAAACAACAAAACCAUAAUGCUACCUACCACCACCUUCAACAUGAUUAGAUGUCUUAUUUUUCCCAAAAGCAAUGAAAAUUCACCUGAUAUGUCGUUUUUCUAAUAUAAACAUCUUUGCAGAAGUUUCCCUGACAAUUUACUAAUAACAUAAUAAAAAAAACCUUAUCUAUGUGCUUGACACCUGUUACCUUUAGAACAAGUAUGAGAAAGUUUAAAUUGUUUGUGUCUUGCAUGGACAGACAGCGAAGCUACUUUAGAAAUGAAAAAAAAAAAGUCAAAGAUUUUUAAUAAAGGACAGAUAAUAAGCGCUUACUCUCUCUUGCUGACGGAAACUCUUUUUUCUUAUACAUUGUUCCCUUGAUGCGCAUUAAAGAUUUUUUAUAGUCAAAUGCCAAUUGCUAAAAGGUGUCAGCCAAACAGCUUUAAUACACGAUUGUCUUUUGUUUAGUAAUAUAUAUAUAUUUAAAUAAAUCAAAACUCGAUAGAAUAGUGCUAUUAUGCUGUUUAUGUAUACAUGGACUGUAAAUUGUAAUAUGUAGAGCUGAACUACCCUCCCUAACAUAAAUGUGAUUAACAGUGAGACUCACAUCUGAUUAUGUAGCAGUGUCAGCCAGAAAAUUAAGUUUACAGAUUCCAUGUCUUGAACAAUUAUUGAAAGUAUUGUUGUAUAUAUCUAUAAUUCUUUAUUGCAUAUGUCUAUCUCAUUAUAUAUAUAUAUAUAUAUGCACAUAUAUAUUACAUACUGCGUGAGUGCGGCUGUAUAAAUGUUAUUAGGAAGUGUUACAUAUUCAGUCUAAGGUCAAGUGUAAUUUAAUUACCCACGUGCUUUGACACACUGGCGAUCUGAGACACUCUCCAAGAUUGUCCAUUUAUAUUUUCUAAAACACAUUUUAUGCUCCUCUUUUAAACUAUACAAAAGAAAGGUUACAUCAUCAUUAUAAUCGUCAUCAUCACCACCGACACCACCAACACUACCAUCAUCAUCAACACGAGAUUUGUAUAGCACAUACGCUCAAAGGGAGCGUACUCUUAUUAGCCCUUAGCUAUUAAAAGAAGCACACUGUC